AUGUUGGAGGUGAACCGUCUCCUGGGCCGUUUGGCGCGUUGCGUGGCCUCCCACCCGCGGCAUUCCGUCGUCGUGGGUGGUCCCUGGGCGCUGGUGCUGGAUGCGCCGUCCCUGAGCUCCAGCAAGGCCCUGGUGGCCAGCGGCUUUCGCCCAGAGAAAGUGGUGGUGCCCAACGAUUCGGACGCGGCGGCGGCGUUCCCCGAGGAUGCCGCGCGCUUUGCGCGGGUGCUGAAGGGCUUGAGCCUCCGCGAGUUCCUGCGCCGGAAUCCUCCGGCUGAGCUGCCGGACUCCUUGGAUGCGGAGAGCUUUGGCUUUGGGCCCUUCAGCUGCGUGUACUGCGACUUUACCCAGUGCCUUUAUGGCAGCUGGCGCCCAUCCCAAGAGUUGGAGGACCCCUCCGCGCCCCUCGAACGCGAAGCCACGCUAAGCUCCAGCCCGCUGGAGGACCUCCAGGCACUGGUCCCUCAGCUGCGAUCUCCUGCGCUGCUGGGGGUGACCUUGGCUCAUCUCCGCAAUUCCCGGCGCCAGGAGGCGCAGUGGCCCAAGCUUCAGCAGAUGCUGGCCACGGCACAGAGGGGCUGGAGCCAGGCGCGGGUUGGGGAUCGCAUCGAGCUGAAAGCGGUGGCCACGGAGUUCUGGCUCUUAGGAGAAGACGGCCCCGACUUCCGGGAGCUGCAGAAGGAGCUGGAGCAAAGCUGGCUGCGAAGUUAG